UUCAUGUCAUUCAUGUAUAAAUACCAUAACACAUGUCCAUAUUAAUCAGCUUUAUUUACUUACAACUCAAAAAUACUUUGAAAUCCCAAAGUUGGCAGCUAGUUAUUUCCAAGAAAAAAAAAUGAAGGCAGGAGCCAUUGAGCCUGGAGAGGGGGGGAAGAGUAGUUCUACCUCAAGAGGUGGAGUGAAUAAAGGUGUAUCUGUACUGGACUUCAUUUUCAGGAUACUGGCAUUCAUUGGUAUAGGGAGUGCAAUUGCCAUGGUGACAACUAACGAAACACUACCAUUCUUUACGCGGUUUAUUCGGUUCAGGGCUAAGUAUGAUGACCUACCAACGUUCACUUUCUUUGUGGUUGCCAAUGCCAUUGUAAGCGGCUAUCUGCUGUUUUCUCUCCCUUUCUCAAUCUUCCACAUCGUAAGGAGUAGUGCGAAAACGACUAGGAUGAUCUUGAUGUUCUUUGACAUGGCUAUGCUGACUCUUUUGACAGCAGGAGCUUCUGCAGCAGCAGCUAUUGUGUACUUAGCACACAAGGGAAAUACCAAGGUAAAUUGGCUUGCCAUCUGCCAACAGUUCAACUCCUUCUGCCAGCGCACCUCUGGCUCUUUGAUUGGAUCCUUUUCAGCGAUCGUCCUCCUUGCACUUCUGAUUAUGUUAUCAGGUUUUGCCCUUGCUCGACGUCCUUAGAUCACUGUACACUUUGAUGGUGCCCUUACUUGGCUAGAAUAUGCAUACGUUUGUUUUCUGUUGUCUUCUGUUUGCAAGAGAGUAAGUGUGAAUGAAUGUGAUCUGUGCAUCAUCUUAUCUGUAACCUUCGGUUGUCUUGGUUUUACAUGCAAAUUAUA